UGACACAAAUCCUUGCAAGAUCGCGAGCGGUCUGCGCCGGCGCUGGUUGUUAGUAAAGACUUUACUACGCGCCGAGACACGCGUUGUUGCUCGUUUAUAAGACUACGACGCGGAUGCAUUUCGUUUGUUAAAUGUGUAAAUAUGUGUUAUAUAUAGUGCAAACGUGCGAAAUUAGUAAUGUAUAUGUAGAUUUUAGAGUUAAGUCUCGAUGACAACGCAACCUUGUCACAGCCAAUGGAAUCAGGAAACUUGCUGACUUAAAGUAAUGUUACGCAAACGUUAACUGGACCAAACACCGCGAGUGACUAGAACCAUGGAGCAAUACCUACUGGCCGUGGCGGGUCUCUUGUCAUUUGUGAUUACAGGAGUCUCAUCGCUACAGUGUUACCAGUGCCUGAUCAAUCCACCCCUCGGCCAAUACUACAACACAACGAAGAACCUCUGCGUUCACUUCGACUACACCGAAAGGUUUAUAGUCGAGUGUCCAUUUUCUACUAUGUGUAUGAAACAGGAAUUUCACCUCGACAUUCAGAAUGGCGUGAGAAUUACUGGCGUACUACUAGACUGUGCGCCUCAGAAGAACGAAUACCACGAUUUCAAGAACGGUAGGUGGUCGCCCAAAAUGGAAAUUUUAGAGCCUUACGAAGAAGGCUGCUCAGAAGUAGAUGACAAGGGAGAAAGAACAACUCCUACUAAAUACUGUUACUGUCGGAAAAACCUGUGCAACUCAUCGCCCAGUUCGAACCACGAAGGCUACACUGACAUCAUGGGUGUGAUAAUGGUGUUUAACCUCAUGAAAUAUAUUAACAGCCUUAGAUAGUAUUUGUACAUAAAUUACCAGUAUUAGGAGAUUUUGUAGAAUUAGAAUAAUUUAUUUCGCCAUGAGUAUGUGUAUAGUUAGCAUCGUUAUAAUUGUAUUGGAAAACAAUGAAACCUGAAAUAUUGUAGCAAUUCAAUAACGGCCAAAUCAAAUACGUUCACGUUGAAUUUGGGAGAGCUGUAGAAGGAAGUGUCCAAAACAAUGUAAAUAUUAAAAAUUCUUAUAGGUGGCUACGAUUUUUUUCGUUUUUCCCUAUAGUCAAAAAUUAUCGAUUUUUCGAAACAAAACAAAUGGUCUCUCUCCCAACCCAACCAUAGCAAGAUUCAAGAAAUUUUACUAGAUAGUUCAAAACUACACCCAAACCCAAACUUUCAUCAAAUGAAUGAUCUGAUUUGAUUUGAAAUGUCAUUUAGGACAAAAAUUCGUUUACUCCAUAAAAUAUUCUAGCUAAGUAACAAGUAAGUUUAAAAUCUAGACGCUCCAGAUGAAAAAAUGUAAAAAAAAAUCUGUUUUAGCUGGAGGAACUUGUUAUUGUUGUAGAAUAUUUUUUCGAUUCUUUCGAAAGCUUUACUGAUCGUUACGCCGUAGCCAGCGGUGCACAGACGUGGUCGCGAUAUUUGGCUGCAAGUUUUGUAAAGUAUGUUACCAGUUCUUGGAUUGCGUAGCUCUUGAUGCAAUCAUUGUUACCGCUGCAAAUGCUGUUUUCGGAUAAAUUUAUUGUAUUGUUGUUAACGCUCUGAAU